AUGGCCAUAAAGGCACAUGCCCUAGCGGAUUUUGUGGUGGAAUGCACACUCCCUGAAGAGGAAAUCCCCACCACCGUGAAACUUGAAGAGGUGGUAGAAGUGUGGACACUGUAUGUGGAUGGUUCGUCCAGCACACAUGGGUGUGGGGCAGGAUUGAUACUAACCAACCCUGGAGGGUUCCUGGUGCAGUACGCGCUAAGAUUUGAAUUUCAUACAACCAAUAAUGGGGCCGAGUAUGAAGCCCUAAUUGUAAGACUAAAACUGGCACAAAGUUUGAUGGUAAAGCGUAUCACCGUCCACAGUGAUUCUCAACUAAUAGUUAAUCAGGUCAAGGGGGAGUAUGAGGCAAAAGAAUCACAAAUGGCCCAGCUAGCCACCUCAGAUUUUCAAGACCUGGGCAGAACAGUGUACCUGAAUGUGCUCGGUACUCCAAGUAUAGAGCAGUCCGAUGAAGUAUUACCAAUUGAGGUGGAACCUUGCUGGAUGGAUCCCUUAGUCAACUGCCUUCAAGAGGGCAUACUGCCCACCGACAAGGAAGAAGCAAAGAAAGUUAGAAUAAGGGCAGCGAGGUACACGAUGAUAGGGGGAACACUAUAUAAAAAGGCAUUUGUAAUGCCCUAUUUGAAGUGUCUCCGACCAUCUGAGGCAGAGUAUGUUCUUCGGGAGAUACACACAGGCAUUUGUGGACAACACUUGGGAGGCAUAGCACUUGCCCAUAAGGUCAUUAGACAAGGAUAUUUUUGGUCAUACCUCCGUAAAGAGGCAAUGAGUUUUGUCUGCAAAUGCCUGAAAUGUCAGAAGUAUGAAAUCUCGAGAACCCUCAUUACUGACAAUGGAAAGCAGUUUGAGCAAAAGUUCAAGGAAUUUAGUGACCAAUAUGAGAUUCAGCUAAGGAAGACCUCAGUAGCUCACCCUCAAUCCAAUGGGCUGGCAGAAGCCAUGAACAAAAUUCUAUUAGAUGGGAUCAAGAAAAAAUUGGAAACGGCCAAAGGUUUGUGGGUGGAAGAAUUGUCCAACAUUCUUUGGGCAUAUCGGACAACCACGAGGUUGGCAACUGGUGAAACGCCCUUUAUGUUGGUAUAUGGAACAGAAGCGGUGCUCCCAGUGGAGAUAGGAGAAAUCUUGCUGAGGGUGCAGCUCUAUAAUCCUGAGGUUAACAAUGAAGAAUUAAGAAUAAACUUAGACCUGUUAGAGGAAAUCAGAGAAACAGCCCGGGUGAGAAACGCAGUACACCAACAGCGGACAGCACGCCACUACAACACAAAGCUGAAAGCUAGAAGGUGCCAUUAG